AUGGCUGGUGCUAUGGAGAAUGCUCGCAAAGAGCUGAAGAGAUUGUCCCUUGACGACGAGGCCGGCGAGUCCCAAUACGGUGCUAUCUACAGUGUCUCUGGUCCCGUUAUUGUUGCUGAGAACAUGAUCGGGUGUGCCAUGUAUGAGCUGGUGAAAGUCGGCCACGACAACCUGGUCGGUGAGGUCAUUAGAAUCGACGGCGACAAGGCCACUAUCCAAGUCUAUGAAGAGACCGCGGGUGUCACCGUGGGUGACCCUGUGCUAAGAACCGGUAAGCCAUUGUCUGUUGAAUUGGGUCCCGGUCUGAUGGAAACGAUCUACGACGGUAUCCAAAGACCAUUGAAGGCCAUUAAGGAGUCCUCCCAAUCCAUCUAUAUUCCAAGGGGUAUCGACACACCCGCUUUGAGCAGAGACAUCAAAUGGCAAUUCACCCCAGGAACUUUCAAGACCGGUGACCACAUCUCAGGAGGUGACAUCUUCGGUACCGUGUUUGAAAACAGUCUAGUGGAGAGCCAUAAGAUCCUGUUGCCACCAAGAGCUAGAGGUACUAUCACCUGGAUUGCCCCAGCUGGCGAGUACACUGUCGAUGAAAAGAUCCUAGAAGUUGAGUUCGACGGUAACAAAUACGACUACACAAUGUUCCACACCUGGCCAGUCCGUGUGCCAAGACCGGUGGCAGAGAAACUAUCAGCAGAUUACCCAUUGCUAACAGGUCAAAGAGUCCUGGACUCGUUGUUCCCUUGUGUCCAAGGUGGUACCACAUGUAUCCCAGGUGCGUUCGGUUGUGGUAAGACAGUUAUUUCACAAUCCCUAUCUAAAUAUUCUAACUCCGAUACAAUUAUCUACGUCGGUUGUUUCGCUAAAGGUACUCAAGUGCUCAUGGCUGAUGGUUCCAACCAAUCCAUUGAAAAUAUAAAGAUCGGUGACAAGGUAAUGGGCCAAGACGGUAAGCCUAGAAACGUUACAGCACUUCCAAGGGGUUAUGAUGAUAUGUACAACGUUGAAUUGGAUGGUGAAACUGACCUGUCUUACACAUGUAACUCUAACCACACGUUGGUGUUGAAGACUGAACAAAACGUCCUAUUGGCCGGCAACACUGUCUCUUACUUCGCAUUGGGUGCACUAAUAGACGAAACCAACGGCCGUGCUGUGGAGAUCGUACAAGAAGUUCAAGAAACUUUCGAAAGUAACAUUAGCGCAUCAGAUUUUGCCGCCAACAUUAACAGAGAACCAAUUAGCUGGACUUUGGAAAUCAGAGACAUUGAUUACUUAUCUGAACGUGUGCGCAUGUUCACCAAGCAAUCUGUCAACCCUGUUCUGUUAGAGACUCCAACAUUGGCCAAACAGCUGGAAUCUAACGAAUCUACUGCUACCAACUUGGCUUACCUUUUGGGUACCUGGAUUGCUUCAAAGGCUACCACAGCAGGCACAAUUUCAGUACCUACAACUAAAGCAGAUCUAUUAUCAAAGGUGAAAUCUGCUUUGUCAAGUUUAAGCAUUGACUACUCCUCCGAAAGCAUCAACUCCGUCUCCACAUAUAGAAGAACACAAUCAAUUCCAUUAAUGGAAAAUGGUAAACAUGUUGGCAAUGCUAACAUAACUGCUGAACAAGAAAUUGAAGAAACUAUGGAAGUGCUUUCCCUAAAUGUCACAAAUCACUCAUCUAAACUCUUCCACGAUCUAGCAUUAUCUAUGAUCAACCAAGAUGGUUCCAGAAGUAUCCCAUCCGCCUUCACACAUGAACAAUUAUGUGUUCGUGAAAGUUUCGUUGCUGGUAUUCUAGAUAUGCAAGGUUGCAAUAUUGAAAACGGUGUCGAAAUUGACUCUUCUAUUAAUGGCUUGGCUAAACUAUCCCGUUCAUUAGGUUUACGUUGUAACAAAUCAUCCAAUUUGUUGAAAUUGUCUGGUAAUAUGUCCAACAUUUCAGCCCAAUCCACCAACAACUGGACUUCCACUGAAGAUAACUCAAGCGCAUACAAGGCCCAAUUAAUGGACUUCUCUGUACAAAAGCUACCAAAGGACAACUACUACGGUGUCACCCUGGAUGAUGACUCUGAUCAUCAAUUCCUAUUGUCUAACUUAGUUCUGGUCCACAACUGUGGUGAACGUGGUAACGAAAUGGCUGAAGUUUUGAUGGAAUUCCCAGAAUUAUACACAGAAAUGAGCGGUAGAAAGGAACCAAUUAUGAAGCGUACAACAUUGGUUGCUAACACAUCUAAUAUGCCUGUCGCUGCCAGAGAAGCUUCUAUCUACACAGGUAUUACACUAGCAGAAUAUUUCAGAGAUCAAGGUAAGAAUGUUUCCAUGAUUGCUGAUUCAUCCUCCAGAUGGGCUGAGGCUCUAAGAGAAAUUUCCGGUCGUUUAGGUGAAAUGCCUGCAGAUCAAGGUUUCCCUGCUUAUUUGGGUGCCAAGUUGGCCUCUUUCUACGAAAGAGCUGGUAAGUCUGUCACUUUAGGUUCUCCAAACCGUGUAGGUUCUGUUUCUAUUGUUGCCGCUGUUUCCCCAGCUGGUGGUGAUUUCUCUGACCCAGUUACAACUGCCACUUUAGGUAUCACCCAAGUUUUCUGGGGUCUUGAUAAGAAAUUGGCCCAAAGAAAGCAUUUCCCAUCGAUCAACACAUCAGUAUCAUAUUCUAAGUACACCAAUGUCUUGAACAAGUUCUACGAUUCCAACUACCCAGAAUUCCCAACCCUGAGGGACCGUAUGAAGGAAAUUCUGUCAAAUGCUGAAGAACUAGAACAAGUCGUGCAAUUGGUCGGUAAGUCUGCUUUGUCAGAUAGUGACAAGAUCACAUUAGAUGUUGCUGCUUUGAUCAAGGAGGAUUUCUUACAACAAAACGGUUACUCUACAUACGAUGCCUUCUGCCCAAUUUGGAAGACCUUUGACAUGAUGAGGUCUUUCAUUGCUUACCAUGACGAGGCCCAAAAGGCUGUUUCCAAUGGUGCUAACUGGACCAAGCUUUCAGAAGCCGUCAGUGAUGUGAAGCACUCUGUGUCAUCAUCCAAGUUCUUUGAACCAAGCAGAGGUGAGCAGGAAGUCCACGAAGAGUUUGAAAAACUUUUGAGCAAUAUGCAAGAAAGAUUUGCUGAGUCUACAGAUUGA